AUGAUUUCCGACUACGACGCUCUUUUGCAAUUCAACAAAAGACCUGUUUCGCAAGAAAUGAUUCAGUUCUUAGCUACGUCCACUGCUUCCAUAAUCCAAAUAAGGCAGAACAAUAAUUCAGUCCAUGGAUGCCAACCACCAGACUUACCUACAUUUAUUAAGAACGUCGUCAUUCAGUCAAAUGUUCAAACACCAACUCUAAUGGCCACAUCGGUUUACUUAAACAAACUGAAAAGCGUAAUACCAAAAAAUGUGUAUGGCAUAGAGACCACAAGACACCGGAUAUUUCUUGGAUGUCUAAUAUUAGCUGCCAAAACGCUGAACGAUUCUUCUCCCUGGAACAAACACUGGACCACGUACACGGAAGGUUUACUCAGAGUGCGUGAGGUAAAUACCAUCGAGCGCGAACUGUUAGAAUACUUUAAUUGGGAUGUGAGAAUAACCACACCGGACCUGAUUAAAUCUCUUUCUUACUUCCUAGGGCCAAUCAAGGAACAACUAUUUUUACAAAGAAGGCAAGAACUACUGUUGUUUAAUGCGCCAAGUCCCGGCCAAUUGAAAGAAUAUAUUAAUCAUAGAAGACCGAUUUCACAUUCUAGAUCUUCUUCUGCCAUAUCAGUUCCCUCGCUGACAUCCAUGACAACAGUAUCGACAACUGACUCGAGGUCUUCCGUACUGGCAAAAUACCAACCGCCUCUACCGUUGGUGGAGUUUGACAAUUAUAAUAAAGAAAAUCAUGUGCCGCCAAGAAAUAAUGACGAUAUGUACAAUAAUUUCAGGGCACAGGAAUAUGUACACCCAAUAAAUCAUGUGGAUGUAACACCACGAAAUUCUCCAAUAACGUCGCAUAAGCCUACAGUUCACCAAAGGUUGAAUUUCACAAGGAGGGGCUGGUCAUCAUUUUUCAAGCAAUAA